AUGGGUUUAAAAUUUGUUGCACCUACUGUAGUUGAUGGAGUAUCUAUUGCAAAACUAGAGAAAGCAGAGGUUGAUAAAAUGAAUGAAAUAUGGAUGAAUGCGGUGAUAGUGUAUGUAGUUGGUCAAAACCCAACACUUACAGCACUAAAAUCAUUUAUUAUGGCGAACUGGAAUCUGGGGAAUGAACCUCAGAUGUUUAAACAUGAAGAGGGGUAUUUUGUGGUAAAAAUGGGAAGUAGAGAAGGUAGGGAUGAUGUAAUUUUUGCAGGCCCUCAUUUAUUCUAUGGUAAGCCUAUGAUUGUCAAACCAUGGACAGCAAGCUUUAACUUCCAUAAUGAAGUUCUGAAGGUGAUACCUAUAUGGAUAAAGUUGCCAAAUUUACCUUUGAACUGUUGGAGUGAGGAUUCUCUAAGCAGGAUUGGUAGUUUGAUUGGGGUACCCUUAUAUGCUGAUGAAUGUACUUCAAAAGCUUUAAGAGUUUCUUUUGCAAGGAUAUUGGUGGAGAUGGAUGUGACUAGGGAAGUGAAGAAAAUGGUGAAAAUAGCUGACCCUAAUGGUCAGACUAUUGUUCAACCAGUGUUGUAUGAUUGGCUUCCAGCUUACUGUAAGAAAUGUAAUGCAGUGGGACAUAAUUGUGAGGCUAAGGUGAAUAGAAUGCAGAAAGUUCCACAAAAACAGUGGGUUCCGAAGAAAGACAAAGUGGUCCAGAUACAGGAAGUGGAUGAGGCAAUUCAAAAGGCUACAAAAGAGGAUGAGCAAGCGAAGGAAAUGGAAGCAGAAGGUGGGUGGAAAGUGGUUACUAGAAAGACAAAGGAUAAAGGGAAGCUACCAAUGUAUGCUUCUAGAAUGAUUGAAUACAGUAAUCAUCAGGAUCCAGGGAGAACUGGAGGUGCUAAGGGACCAAACCCUUAUUUGUCUUAA